AUGAAAGUAACAUUUUUACGUGAGCUGUUAUUGAUUCUUAUAAUAAUUGUCUUAACUUCAUCGAGUCCAAUUGGGGAUGGUCGGAUCGCCCGAAAGCGAGCUCUGAUCUACCGACAGGUUGCCGAUGAUGUUGCCAAUGCUGACUCUGUCGUUGAUCCCGUCCCACCUCCAGUGACUGGAGAUGAUGAUGAUGAUUCUGGCGAAUUUUAUCUAGGCGAUGAUAACGAUGACGCUGGUUAUAAUCUAAUUGGCGCUGUGGGAGACGAAAUCAAUGACGAUGAAAUUGCUACUUCAGCUUCAGUCGCUGUUGAACCGAUACAUGAUCAGCAAAAACGGUCACCUAACGAUGAUGAUGAUGAUGAUGAUGACGAUGAUGAUGACGAAGAGGUUGCCGCCGCUUUUCCUGCUGCCCCAGUAGUACCGAUUGUGGCAGAAUCAGCCGUGGCUGCUGCCGCUCCUGCCGCUUCCGCUCCUGCCAAAAAACAGAAGCAGAAGAAAAAGCCAGUCCCAGUCGCCACCAACACACAGGCUCUUCUAGAUCUCGCCGAUGCUGCCUCGACCCAGAAUGAAGUUGAUGCUCCAGACAAAAAACUUGAGGACAUCGAUGUGAUCAACGAGGUCAACAAAAUCGUAGAAUCGCUUGCUGCUCAGUAGCAGUGCCCGCACUACACAGGAAGAAGAUAUUUUCUUCCUGUUGUUCAGCCUUCAAUGAAAGACACAAGGUAAUACU